AUGAAUAUAAAUAAUCAAAAGUCUAAGCCAACACUUCGAACAUGGGCAAAUAUAGCCAGUGGUUCAUUAGCGGCUACAGGUGCAGUCUUUAUUACGAAUAUGCCCGAAACAAUUAAAACUCGAUUGCAACUUGAUGGUGAAGCAUCGAAACGAAGUGCGGGUAGACAUAAACAAUAUGCUAAUACAUUUGAUGCAUAUAGAAAAAUCGUACGUCAAGAAGGAUUUAAAGCACUUCAAGCUGGUCUUGGUCCAGCUAUUGGAAUACAAGUUAUAAUGAAUGGGUUACGUUUAGGUCUUUUUGAUCCUAUUCAAAAAAAAGUCCGAGAUAUAACUAAAUGUGGAGAUCAAAAUAUUUUCAAUAAAGCUUUUUCUGGUGCUCUAUCCGGUGCAAUAGGUGUAACAGCCAGUUCACCGCUUUAUUUGGCAAAAAAUCGCCUUCAAGCUCAAUCCGCGUAUUUUCAUGCUGCUGAAGAACAUCAUUAUAAAAAUACAUUUGAUUGUUUAAAAACAAUCUAUCAAAAAAAUGGAUUUUUCGGUUUAUUCUACGGUGUAUCAGCUGGUUUACCACGUGUCAUCGUUGCUUCAGCUACUCAGUUGACAACCUAUGAUAAAACAAAACAAUUUGCUAUACAAAAACUCAAUAUACGUGAUGGAUUUCCAGCUCAUCUUUUUGCAAGUUUUGUAUCAUCGUUGUUCACUGUAACUGUAAUGAAUCCAUUUGAUGUUGUUUCAACACGUAUAUAUCAAUCAAGUGGAAAAGAAACAGUUUAUCAUGGUGUUAUAGAUUGUUUCAGGAAAACUAUACGUGCUGAAGGAUGGACAGCAUUACAAAAAGGAUGGUUGGCACUUUAUUUACGAUUAGGUCCACAUACCAUAUUAACAUUUGUUUUUCUUGAGAAAAUACGUUCACAGUUUUUAAAAUUCGACACAUUUCGAAGAGAACCUCAGACUAUUCCACUUGAUGUUAUUGUUAAUAGUGAUGCUACUUAA